AUGCCAACCGCUGAAAUCCCGCGGCCGCGCCAGACUUUCCAAGAUGUGAACAUGGAAAAGGAGCCGCGCAGUCUGAUUACACCUGGGAUGUCCAAGGUUGUACCAGGGGGUCCCAUGUGCCUGGGGCUGGUUGAACAGGAGGCCGAAGAGGAAGCCUAUGAGAAGGGCUCCAUGGAGGACGAGCAAGUUGAGGAGCCUGAAGGUUCGGAUCCGAUCGUGUCUGGAGAGCCGGAAGCUGCGGAGCCAGAAGCUGCGGAAGAGGCCGCAGAGGAGGCAGACGCAACGAUGGAAGAGGAGGAGGAAGAGGAUGCGGCCGAAGAUGCGGUCGAAGAGGCCGAGGAAGGUAUGGAAGAUGCUGAAGCCCCUGAGACUGCCGAGACUGGAGAUGCUGCGGCAGAGGAAGCUCCACAGGAGGAGAGGGACGAGCCUUCACAGGAUGCGGCUGAUGCUGAAGCUGCGAACGAUGCCGAUGCUGCCACUGAAGCCCAAGAAGGUGUGGAAGCUGCAGCUUCUGCGGGCCUUGGCGAGCCGGCGGAUCCUGUGAAUGAGGUAGAAACAGCAGAGAGAGAUGCCGUGGAAACUGAUGCAGCAGAACAGGGCGACGUUGAUGCAGAAGAGGCAGAUGAACCCGUUGAGGAAGAAACUGAUGAAGAUGACAAGGCAGCUCCCACAGAAGAAGCGCAGGAAGGUGCGGAGGAAACCCCUGCAGAUGUUCACGGUGAUGCUGCUGAGAAAGCGGCAGACGUUGCAGAAGUGCCGGCUGCGGAUGCUGAGCACGAAGAAACAGCAGAGGGAGAUGCCGUGGAAGCUGAUGCAGCAGAACAGGGCGACGCUGAUGCAGAAGAGGCAGAUGAACCCGUUGAGGAAGAAACUGAUGAAGAUGACAAGGCAGCUCCCACAGAAGAAGCGCAGGAAGGUGCGGAGGAAACCCCUGCAGAUGUUCACGGUGAUGCUGCUGAGAAAGCGGCAGACUUUGCAGAAGUGCCGGCUGCGGAUGCUGAGGACCGAGCAGAUGCCGUGGAAGCAGAUGCUGUGGAAGCAGAUGCCGCGGAAGCUGAUGCAGCCCAAGAGGCUGACGCCAUGGCGGAAGAGGCAGAGGAGCCUGUUGAGGAGGAGGCCGCUGAAGAUGUCAAGGCAGCUGCCACCGAAGAAGUCCAAGAAGGCGUGGAGGCAGAAGCCCCUGCAGAAUCUGCAGAUGUCGACGGGGAUGCCGCUGAAAAAGCGGAAGACAUGGCAGAAGUGCCAGCAGCGGACGCCGAGGACGAAGCAGAUGCCGUGGAAGCAGAUGCUGUGGAAGCAGAUGCUGUGGAAGCAGAUGCUGCGGAAGCUGAUGCAGCCCAAGAGACUGACGCCAUGGCGGAAGAGGCAGAGGAGCCUGUUGAGGAGGAGGCCGCUGAAGAUGUCAAGGCAGCUGCCACCGAAGAAGUCCAAGAAGGCGUGGAGGCAGAAGCCCCUGCAGAAUCUGCAGAUGUCGACGGGGAUGCCGCUGAAAAAGCGGAAGACAUGGCAGAAGUGCCAGCAGCGGACGCCGAGGACGAAGCAGAUGCUGUGGAAGCAGAUGCCGCGGAAGCUGAUGCAGCCCAAGAGGCUGACGCCAUGGCGGAAGAGGCAGAGGAGCCUGUUGAGGAGGAGGCCGCUGAAGAUGUCAAGGCAGCUGCCACCGAAGAAGUCCAAGAAGGCGUGGAGGCAGAAGCCCCUGCAGAAUCUGCAGAUGUCGACGGGGAUGCCGCUGAAAAAGCGGAAGACAUGGCAGAAGUGCCAGCAGCGGACGCCGAGGACGAAGCAGAUGCCGUGGAAGCAGAUGCUGUGGAAGCAGAUGCUGUGGAAGCAGAUGCUGCGGAAGCUGAUGCAGCCCAAGAGACUGACGCCAUGGCGGAAGAGGCAGAGGAGCCUGUUGAGGAGGAGGCCGCUGAAGAUGUCAAGGCAGCUGCCACCGAAGAAGUCCAAGAAGGCGUGGAGGCAGAAGCCCCUGCAGAAUCUGCAGAUGUCGACCGGGAUGCCGCCGAGAAAGCGGCAGACAUGGCAGAAGUGCCAGCAGCUGGCGCUGAGGCAGAUGCCGAGGGAGCUGCGGAGGAAACACAGAUUGACGAAGCCGCUGAAGUAGCUGAAGAGACUGCAGAAGGCGAAUCGGCCGAAGCCCCUGGUGCAGAACCAUCAGCAGAGCUGCCAGCCGCAGAUGCAGCACCGGAUGCCAUGCAAGCUGAAGCGUCCAAGGGAGGCACUGCAGUUGAGGAUGUAGCAGAGCCUGAGGAGACUGUGGCUGAUGCCACAGAAGUGGCUUCAGGUUUGCCCCAAUCCGUGGCCGAUGGCGCUGCUGAUGCCAUGAUUGCAGAGGCACCAGUUGAGAAGGAUGUCGCAGCGGACGAGGCCAGCGCAUCCUUGGACGCCGGCGAGGCGGCCCCACAAGAGGGCGAUGGCAAGAAAUCUGGACUCGGUUGGCUUUAUGCCUCCACGGUGGCAGUGGGUCAAACCCUGCGCUCGCCCAUGCGCGGUGCGCGCACCCUUGCGGAGCGGCUGCGUGCGCGAAAUCCAGGAGAGAAGGAUGACGAAGCCACUGCAGCUGUGGCAGGUACCGCCUUGGCGCCUGGCAGCGGCGCUGCCCCAGAGCUGGAACGUGCGCGGCAGCGCGCGCGCCGCGCCGCGCAGAGGCCAAGGAAGAGCCAGUUGGACCAGUUCCCAGCCCGGGAUGAUGCUGAGGAGGCUGAGGAGGAAGAGGAGGAGGAUGACGCCGUGCAAGAGCCCGAGACGGCAUCCGAGCCAGUCGCUGCCGUCGCGGAAGUCGCAGAGGCCCCUGGUGACGUCAAGGCGGCCGCUUCCCUGCCGACCUCAGUUUUGCCCACCGAAGAGGUGACCCGCCCAGCCAAGCGAGCGAAGACCUCCCCAAAGACCUCCCCAAAGACUUCCCCGAAGGCCCAGGUCACAGAGUCGCCCAAGGGAUCCAAGCAGGCUGACACUCCGACAAAGGCUGCUGUGCACCUGAGGGUCUCAAGGAAGAACAAGAAGGACACAGAGGAGGAGGUGCCCUCCACCUCAACAGCCCCACCAGCCAAGAAGCCCAGAGGCAGCAGCGCAGUGGACGUGCACCUGGAGAAUCUCAGCAAACUGAAAACAGAGGAAGAGAAGGACCAGUACCUGGGUGGCAUCACCUACGCCAUGCGCAUGAAGGUGGCCGCGGCCCUCUCCGCCGACGGCGUCACGGGCGCUGACGCCGAGGCCGCGGCAGCGGAGGUCAUGGCAGAGGCGGAGGCGGAGGAAGCAGCGGAGCCGGUGGCCAAGAAGGGCAAGAAGAGCCUCGAUGCCGAGCCCAAGGCCGCCGGUAAGCGCAAAGCCGCCGCGCCGCCGGCGGCCACGGAGCCGGAGGCCAAGAAGGCGAAGAAACCCACGGCGGCGGAGAACCACGUGAAGGAGCUCAUGAAGCUGCGCACAGAGAAGCAGAGGGAGAAGUACUUGAGCAACUUGACGCUGAACAUGCAGACCAAGGUGGCCGAACUCAUGUCCGCGGCCGAGGAGACCAAGGACGCCAGCGCACCGGCGGAGAGUGCGGCCGAGAAGGCGGAGAGUGCUCCGGAGGUCGAUGAGUGCCAGAGACACGUGGAGGAGGUGAAGAAGCUCAAGACUGAGAAGCAAAAGGAGAAGUACUUGAGCAAAUUGUCCAGCCCAAUGCGCCAGCGCGUGGAACAUGCGGUGGCGCUUCCAUCACCUUCAAGGUUGGGGCCUCCCACACUCCUGGAAGUUGCCGAGCAGGUUGCAGCUGCCCGCCAUGAGAAGGCUGCAUCAGAUGCGGCCAGCAGCUCCAAGGGCCCCGCGAAGGCGGCACCGAAGGCAAAGGCUAAGGCCGAAGCCAAGGCGAAGGCGGAGGCCAGGGGGUCGCCGAAGAAGAAGACUGCCGUCAUGAAGCACUUGGAGGAGUUGGAAAAGCUGAAGACCUCCAAGAAGAAGGAGGCAUAUCUCAACCAGCUCCCUGCCGCCAUGCGAGUCAAGAUGGCUGAGGCCAUGUCAUUGGCUGGCGGCGGCUGCUGA